AACGGAGCAGACGACAGGGCCCGCCAUUUUGCACGAGUACGUCGCGUGGAAACGAGUUUCGUCGAGUGUCCCGGUCAAAAAUGAUAAAUUCGGCGAGCGCGAUCGCUCGGCAAGCGGUGAGGAGGUUCACGACGAGCGCGGUUCGCAGGAGUGGACAUCACGAUCCCUACGACGGCGUUCCCGGACACAACUUCCCGUUCAGCACGAAAAACAGGCACGUGCUGCUGGCUAUGUUCAUGGUCUUCUGCGGCAGCGGAUUCUCCAUCCCCUUCCUCAUAGUCCGUCAUCAGCUGCUGAAAUAAGCUUCUGGUACGUCGAGCGUGUCAGCCUGCGAGUCAGAUUACCUGCGUUGCACUAGAGUAUGGUAUCCUGCACCGAUGCUGCGAGCGUCAUUUGAUUACGCUAGGAUAAUGCAAUAGGAAAUGUAUGUAUUUGUAAUAAAGACAAUUUAUUAACAUCUGGUCAAAUGUCUAUCAGAUGUAGAAGCUUAUUAAAAUUGUUAUAUGUCACUUUCGUUGUGAACUUAAUUCUACAGUCAAUAAUAAUAAUGCAUCUGUAGCACAAGUA